AUGCUGGCUGGAGUGGUGCCUGGCAACGCUGUCUUUUGCUGCAGCUGCAUGCACGCAGCGCAUCAAAAUCAUGACGCGAUGGAUGGAUUGCUAUGCAAGAGAGACUGCAAUAGCCAGCCGGAUGAGGCGAUACAUAUCAAAGUGCAUGUCAAAGUACAUGCCAAGUCUUUGUGUCAUUGCAUCGCAGCAUCGCAACUCUCUCAACUCCCAUGCUCUCGCCCGUGUGCCCGCUCAACUCGUGCUGCAACUCUGCCUCCAACUGGCUCUUUUGCCGCUGCUGCUGCUCCUGUUACCGAGUAUUCGCCCUCGUGCGGCACGACAUGCCCGAUCGCCAGUCUACGGACUGUCAUUGGCGUCUUGGCGAACUCGCUGGAGCAAAGCGCCCUGCAGCUUCUGCAGCACGAGCUGGGGGCGAGCAAGGGAGACGAGAGAGGCACCGGCCGACCGCCUCCAGCUCCCAAUGGCCUGGAGGAUUCCUCUCGUCCAGUCCAUGCAGGACGGUUUCUGCGCUGCUGCCAGUGCGUUGAAAGCAACAAGGAAUUCUGCCCGGCUGCCCUGGAUGAGACGAGAGGGAGAGGCAGCGUCCAAAUCCGGAACCCAGCCAGCCAGCUAGAGCUCAAACUCGAGGCAACAGCCAGGGCCCUGUUCAAUAUGGCGGUAAAUGAUCUGCAUCUUCAUCCUGAAGCUGUGCCUGGAUUGGAUCGCUGCGUUGCCUGCCGCCGUGUCUGCAUGUAUCUAUGCAUGUCUGUCUGUCUGUAUCAGCAGCUGGGUAAAAGUGACAUUACAUGGGACCAGAGGCAAAUGUCACCUUCUGCCACCGCCUUUCCAUCUUAUCCCAUGCCGAGGGGAGGGGAAAAGGAUUUCGCCUACCGCCACCACGAUGGGGCUGGCUGCGAUAAGAAUAGGAAGGAAAGAAAAAAAGGGACAGCGAAUGGCAGCAGCGAGAAGAGCAUCUCAUAUGUGAUGCUCCAUACAAGCAAGCAGUCAUACCAAAAGCGCCGGGCAUUAUCAUUCAUUAUUCCAACUGCCGUUUUCUACCUCCCUCUCUCGCUGCCCUUUUCCCCCGCUCAAUCCGCAAACCUCACGCAACCUCAGCCCGAACCCCGCUCGCACCGUCUAUUUCGUCCACCUAAAACACCAAGCCAGCGUGCUUUACGCUCGCAUCCUCCUCGGUGUCACUUGCUAGCUUCCCCCUCUAAACAAAGUCCCCCCCCAAAGCCGCGCUACCCAACGCCAUUUGCCCGGGGCUCGCGCAUGGUGUCGCCUGUUAGGCUGUGGCUUGUGACGCUGCCGGCCAUUCACGCCGCGGCUCGCGCACUCGAAUAUGCGUGGGUUGCGGGAGUGACGGCCCCCAGAGUGGCGCUAUUGCAGAUUUUCAGCCGCUCGUCGAUGGCGCUUCGCGGGCUUCAGUGCAGCGUUUUUGACAUCCAGCGGUAUCCCAGCCAUCCGGGGCAUCCUAACGAGAAGCAUCAUGUCAUGGCGCAAGCAGCUCAUGCCGCAUGCAGUAAUAGUAAACCCCUCUCCAUCCUAUCGCUACAGUAUGCUGAUUCUACGUGUAUAGCUCUCAAUGUUGUUGCUAUCAGUCGGGGCGCGGCUCAAACUUGGCCCAUCUCCCGUCCCUCGCGGAGAGAUCAUCCAGCCUCUUCUUCUCGUCACGGCGCGACUGUUCCGGCCGUCUGGGCAGCCAAUCGCUCCCUCGCGCUGACCACUGCCAAUCAUCUGCUGUCAAUUCGUUGCCUCGCCCGGCUCGGCCGACUCGGCCCCGCUUCACCUCCGGCGAUGAAUGAAUGA